AAUCAAUGAGUUGGCCACGGAGCGCAGCAGCGUUCAGACAGAGUAACACGUUCCAGUGAGGCAGGCGGAGAAGCGGCAGCAGCCACGUACGCGGAGCCUCGGUGCGGGUCAGACGUUCACCGCAGCGCCCGCACUCAACUAACGAGACAGGAUUACUGCGCAGACACGUCCGUCCUCCCCGCUGAUGUUAUGCGCUUCUAACUCUGCUUUGUUUUUGUUUUCCUUGAUUUCUGUUUAUGCUGGAGGAGAAACGUCACUGCGGCUAACCAAUUCCCCCUGCUCCAGAACUGGGAAUUUACAAUGAAACAUGUAAGGUGACACGUUUUAUUUCACCACGCUGGGAUCACAGAGGGAACCGAGCGAAGAUAACAAAGAGUGAAAACUGUGGGACCUGUGAACGACCAGAUCGGGAACAUCUCAUUAUCAAGUGGGGGAAUUUUCCCAGCUCCCCUUCUUUCAACUUUCAAACUCCUGUUGUACAUUUCACUUUAUUUUUUUCUCUUUCCCCUCUUUUUUCAUGGCCUGGAUGAAGGAUUCAGAGCUUUUUCUUUAUUUUCUUCUUUUUCUUUUCCAACGAGACCAAAAGCAGAUGCCAAACUGACUGUGUCAAAAAAAAGAAGCAAAAAAACAAUAUUUAAUGAAACUACAUUUCUCUACAUAAUCAUACAGUAUUUUGUCAAACCAGCCUCAGAACCUGAUUUAUUUGCCAAUGUGACCCUUUAAGUCCACCAUCAUAUUAACAACUUAUUUACUCCUGACUACUUAAUCUUUCAGUGUUUGCUGCUCUUAAUGCGAAAACUGCGUGAUUUUCCUGCCAAGACCAUAAUCAGUGCAUUAUUGGUUCAAAGUGCUUUAUAAACAGUUUGCGGAGUGACAGAGGAAGCAUGUGGUGAGAAGUGAUAAUUCUCUGAUGGCGUCUGAAGGUUUUAUUUUAAAUCGGAGCGCCGUUUUGACUGACGGGUAACACAAGCCACGUUUGACCAGAUAAAUCCAAGCCCGCCAUCAUCACCGCCGCCGCUGCUAUCUCAAAGGCUUAGACGUAUACUGUCCUCUCAGUCUGCGCUGUGAAACACUGUUGACACUUUGCCUAUCUCCUGCUUCCAGUUGCUUACAUUAGAAAGGCUUCUCAGUCAUUGUCGUCUCGUUUCUUCCAUUUGUUGAGCUUGAUUACUGACGUGAAAUCCCCCUUUAUCAAGUCCCAGUGAGCUCUUCAGCAUUCUUCUUUUUACUCCUGAAAAAACAUGCAAUUUAAAACCUUUCACUGUACUCAUGUUUGUACGUGAAAGAAAAAAAAAAUUAUAAGAAGGAAAAAUAAAAAAGAUCAUAACCUGAAGCCAUACCGAACACCAGCCAUACAAAUUAACUUUUACAUUUGCAAAGCUUCUCACAGUGUUUUAGAGUUUUGUUUUCUAACAAAGUGAUCUUCGUCAUAUUGGUGCACACACACAUUCAGGGAACCCAUGAGGCAACUGCUCAUGAAAAACCCCCAAAUUCUUAUGUUUGGAGGAAAGAGGAUCUUGUAAGUUUGUAGUUUUUCUAACUGCUUUUUCCAGAAUUGUGCAGUCGGAUCGUCCGCGGCGUCAAAUUGUGGCAGCCACAGCGACCACGCCGAGUUCCCCGUCUGCGUCCUGUUUUCCUCUGUGUUGACGGAUGAAUCCAGACAGUUUCAUGUCUGUUCUGUGGGCAGAACCUCGCUGCCCUGCUAGAACCGGGCCCAAGCCCUCCUUUGUUCUCUUCUGUUGGGCCAAGCUAAACUCAGAGCAGAGACACUCGAGCAAGGGUACCGAUCGCACAUAAAUCUGCGGCUUUUUUGUUUGUUUGUUUUUUAAAAGAAAAGUCUUCAGUUUUUAAGUUCUUGCCAGCUUCCAUUGACAUUCCAGGUUAAUGGACUGACCAUUUCAUUCCAGUAGCUGCUGGAAACACUUUUUUUCUUAAGUCCUGAUGCUGCUCAAUGCUGUUCAUCUGCAGUAAAUUCAUUGAACAUCAUAGCUCAGAGUUUUUAAAUCCCAGUAUUUAGACCAAACUCAUAAGCAUACAGACCUUUACUGAUUCAUCCAAGUUACUUAGUGGAGCUACUUAUGGGAAUUGAUGGUGUCCUGUAGAAGAUGUACAAACUGAAGAAGCUUGUGCCAAAUUCAAACUGAUUUUCUUUCAGCUUGUUAAACAAAGAACUCUGAAGCUGCCAUCACUGUUGUUUACAGACACAUAGCCUGGAAUAAAAUUAUUUUCUUUCCAUGUCAGAUUAUUAUUAUUAUUAUUAUUAUUAUUAUUUAUUUACAACGGACAACAGAAGUGCCAAACUCCCAGAAGAAUAGAUCCAACAUCGGUUCAAGCGAUCUGAAGUUUACAUACAGCGCUAAAUGUUUACAAUCCACCGUUUCCAUAGCAAUUUGUUACGUGCCAAGCCGAGCGUUCCCGUUGGUCAUUUUGUUAAGAGUUUACAGUUUUCCUCAAACUCUUUUCUUUUGUUUACAGUAAAUGUGUAAAUACUGCCAUUUUGAAAAGUUUUGAGUUUUGGCCAAGGGGAAAAAAUGCCACUCUGUCAGCUGACAGACCUCUACUAAUUAUUCAGAACCCAGUGCCAUUCAACAGUCAUAUUGUGAAGUUAAUGUUGGCUGGUUUAUUAAACUGUUUUACAGGCAGUUUGAACAGGGCCUAAAAUCUCUGAAAACCUCAAUGUUUACACAAGCUGCUUUUGGGAGGGAUUUCUAUCCAGAGAAAUGUUUACAUUCAGAUGAACGAGUGAAAUGCCAAACACAUUCAUAAAACAGCUGCUGAACCGCAUCUGAACUAAAAACUGAAGUUAGAACAUUUUCAUCACAAAGGUUUUUAUAUUUCAGCCAGACGCCAUCUUGGAGUUGAACUCUGACAGUUGAUUUCCUUUUCUAAAUCCCGGCUGAAGAACUUUACCCCAGAACAAUGAAGCCCACGCUUUCAAAGAGGAUGAUUUCCCUUUUUGUCAUGCUGUUGCUUUUCUCCUGCCUCCCCGUCUCCUCCCUGACCGUUACCGUGGAGCGGCGAGAUGCCGACGGCAACGCCAGAACGCUUGACGGCAGCAGUGGCACCUCUGCUGGAAAAACGGGCAGCGCCUUGUUCCUCCUGACCGGCUACAAGUCAAACCCCCGUGGCGGAUCCAAAGUGCCACCGAAAGCGGCUGAGAUGAAGGACGAUGACGAUCCGGCGGCGAUGGCUGAGCUCCCCCCGAAGCCUCUUCCACAGAGGAUGUUUCCACGGAACACGACGGAAAACCCACUGAAGCCUCCGCUCAGCUGGGCCCAGGUGGCCCCGCCGCUGGUGGAUAAUGGAGAAGUUUGCAGGGGUUACUAUGACGUCAUGGGGCACUUCGACAACACGUUCAACUGCUCCAAGGGCACGUAUCGCUACUGCUGUGGUACCUGCCAAUACCGGUUCUGCUGCGAGCACCGGAGGAACCGACUGGACCAGGAGUCCUGCAAAAACUACAUUUCCCCUGUGUGGGCUGACCCGCAGGCCCCCGUCAGCGUGCCUGCUGCCAACAAGCCCGACCCCGACUUCGAGACGCUGCAGCAGCAGAGCAGCAGUACGGGUUACGUGAUCGGAGGGGUGAUAUCCUUCACGCUGGUGGUGGCUGUGGGCGUCAGGGUCGCCUUCAGCAAGGUGGCGCGUCGACCCCGCAACAGAGAUGUCAACAUGCCCAGAUCCCUGGUGGACAUUUUGCGUCACCAAUCGAGCCCCGUGCAGCAGGGAGACAGGAACAACGCCGCCGUGCUGACCGCCACCACAUCCGACGGCCGCACAUCCAAAAACCUGUACACCCCCGUCCUGCAGUUGAAAGACAACCGCACUGGGAACUUGCACCACCCUUUUAACCAGCAGGGGUCUGCCUCCAGCCCCAAACACUCUGCUACCAUCGAGCGCGGGCCUCGUUUGAACAACACCUCCCAGCUGUCGUCUGGGCCCAGCCUGAUUUCAGGAAGCGGUAAAGGUUCGGGAGGGGUCGGCAUCCUCACCGGGAGCAUGAGACACAACAGCAGCCACCCGUCUUUCUCCCACUCCUUCCACAACCUGGCGCAGCUGCCCCCGUCCUACGAGGCGGUGAUGAAACCAGAACUCAGCCGGUACAGCUCCCUGAAAAAACUGGAGAAAGAACUUGAUGAAUACUCGGGUUAUUACACCUCCAAACGUCGCUCCAACAACGCUCCGCCCUCCUUCCACUCCUCGCAGCACCACCUGCCCUGGGGGGGCGACUACACACUGGGCUCCAGGGGCACCCUGCCCCUCCAUGGGUCCCGUCCACACCUCCACAUCCCCUCCUCCACCCCGAACCCGUACCCGCUUCCCUCCCAGACGCCCCACACCAGCUCCACCUUCGACAGGCCGCCUCGCCGCGUCCGCUCCCAGGACCAGCUGCUGGCCUUCGGGGAGGGAAACACCCUGUCCCGCCUGAACAAGAACCAGCAGCACCAGUACUACAAAGCCAUGAUGAGUACCAGCAGGAGCUCCACGUCACAGAUGCUCCGCAGGUCUCAUGAGCGUCUCCUCGUCUCUCCGGACCGUCUGGAAGAUCGCCUGAUGACGAUGGGUCUGCCGAUGGGAACGAUGGAGAGAGGUGGGGGGAGCGGGAUGGUUCCCACCAUGGGCCGACUGAGCCACCACCAAAAGGCCCAGUCGCAGCAGAACAUCUGUGCCACGCCGUCCAUGGACCGCCACCACAUGAUCAAGAUGAACUCCCACCCGACAUCAGGCCACGACCACGAGCGCGGCUCCACAGCUGUGCCCGUGAUGGGGAUGCACGGCGGCUGGGACUCCCACGGGGGCCACAGCGGAGGAGGAGCAGGGAUAAUCGGGGGCCAGCCCAGCGCGCGGCGCAUGGCUUUCGCCAACAAAAGGCAGAACACCAUCGAACAGCUGCACUUCAUCCCCGGAGGCGGAGGAGGGCAGGGACUGCGGACUGGAAGUAAGAACGAGGUGACGGUGUGAGAGGAGGAGAAGGAGAGGAGGAGGACAGGUGAAGGAUGAGGAGAGGAAACCAAGAAUAACGAAGAGAGAUGAAGAAGAAACAGAAAUGAGUUUCACCCCAGCUGGCUGCUCAACCUUUAAAAAAAAUUCUCCCCAAAAAAACAAUGGUUGAUGACAUCACUCAUGUUAGUAAAGCCAACCGAUAUUCCUCUUGUCACUUUAUGUUUCGAAAAAGAGAAUAUUCAGCCAUUCUUUGCAAAAGGAAGGAAAAAAAAUCCUCAUAAAAAGAGCAAAAAAAAAUGCAGCUCAGAGGCUGCUGGGUAUUCGCUGUGACUUUUAUUGAAGGAUAUCCGCCGAGUUGUUGAGUCGUCCUUGAGUUUUAUUGCUCUGUCCUCUGAGUCUUCGAGUGCUCUGACAGAAAUUCAUCUGUCGUUGAAUCCACUGUGGAUGGUGAAGAGCACUGAGCCUGGAGAGAGACAGGUUUGCUUGUUGUUGUAUUUAUAACAAUAUUUAGAACCAAACAAGUUACUUUUGUAUGAAAAUAACUCGAUAUUGAUUACAUUAACAUGACUGAGCCCUGUAGGAUUUUGUGUAUACUUAGUUGAACACGUAUUUAUCCUCAAAACCAGCCGAUUUGUAACUUAAAGGCUGGAUUAGACGAUCAUCGCUUUCUGUAGUUGUGAUUGGACUAUUAAUGUAAAACUGCUGAAUCACUCGAGCCAAGUGCAGUUAACUGUCAUCUGAUGACUCUACAGCUUCAAUAAUUCAAGAUUAGAAAUUUAGGAAUAAAAACAACACUGCUGCCACAAAGGCCCAGUCACACCAGCACUUCACAACAAAACAAAAGAAUCAAGUCAAAAACAAAAAUACCAGUUGGCUGACAAAUUUUAAUAAGUUUUUCUUCCAUGUUUAUUUUAUGUUAGUUCAAUUUUCUUCUCGUUUCCAGUAAAUCUCAGUCACAUGAUUAAGAUGCACAGACAAUGCUUUGACCAGCUAGUGCCACUUCCAGUUCUUGUUUCAUCCUGACCUGACAGUUUUCAUGUUGAAUUUCAGGACUUUAACACAUUUCAGAUAAUUUUAUGUCGACUUUUUAUUUAUUCAUUUAACAAUUACAUGUAACAAACACUGAUCAUAAAUAGAAAACAUGUUACAGGCAGUAGUUUCUAAUCCAACUGAGAAAGAUGAUCCUCAAUUAUACUUAUCAAAUCUUUCCCUAAAUGUUAGCUAACGUUUGCAUGUUGUAUGUUGAUGCAUUCAUGAGCCCAAUUUCAUAAUUUUGCUGUAUUUAAUUGAACAGCAUAAAAACAUGUAUUUUUAACUUUGAUCACUGCUGAAUUGACUCGUGACCAAGCCAAACUAGACAGGCUUGUAUAAUCUGAGAAUAUCUUUGUCUCUAAUCUGUACCCCUGCUUUGAACUCAUGUAAUUAAAACUAUGCAUAAAACAACUGUUAUUUGCAUGUUGAUAAUUUAUGGUGAUACAUAGCCCAAAUUGUACUAAAAGACUCAUGUAUAAUUAAUUUUUUUGCACAUUUUCAGAUUAUCAACAAUUAAUUACAAGAUAUUUCUAUUGAUUUUGAUUCUGAUCACCAUUUAAGCCAUUUGACUAUGAAAUAUUUUUUUAUUGUGAUCCCUGAUCAAAUAAGAAUUGCUGUGAGAAACCUCUGGUUGCUAUUCAGAAUAUCAUAUAAAAACCCAUUUUGUCUUUUAGACUAUAAGUAAAUUAUAGAAAAUUACUUUAAAUCACGACUGGUCAAAGCAGGUAUGCAUCAACCCCAAAAAGAAGUUUAAAUUCACACAAAAAAUAAAAAAAAUAUAUAUAUAUUUGUUGGACAUGUUUUCUUCUAAUUGUGAAAAGUCAGGUGUAAAGUGAGCUGUAAAAGUUACAUAAGUGUAAAAUGACCAGUAUCCAUCUCGUAUUGUUCUUCCUUUUGCAUUAUGUUUUUUAAAAUGUAAACAAUACUGGCACCUAUUGGUCCAUUGUGGAAUUUUUUUUUUUUUUUUUUUUUUUUUUUUUUGAUGAGGUAAAUUUCUUAUUUGGACUGAGAUUUUUAUUUUUUUAAAGCUCUUUAAAAACAGUUCUCCCCCCACCCCCUAACAAAUCAAGUGAAAUACUUGUAGCAGCAUAGUUGGAGCCUGAAAUUAUUACAGGUACUUAAACAAAUUCAGUGACGCCUGUGUGACUGGGCCCUAAAAUUACCAUUCAGUAUGUAACCAUGUUUUAAGCUAACUUAAAGCCUUGUACAGUGGAUUCUAGUGAGUGUACGACAUUUAUGAAACGUAAUAGUGAGAAUGUUUUGAAUUAGACCUCUCAUUAAAAGGAUCCGAUCUGUGAAUAAACAUCCCCCGGCCAUGUUUCAAACUUUUCACAAGUAACUUGUAAAGUCGAGGGCUUCUUUUUGCAGCGCACUGGCAUAGAACAGACCCUCCCGUUCGUCCGAGACGCCACACGCUUCCUGCAAGUUCAGCUGCUCACCUCGCACCAAGGGAAGGAAGGCAGACGGGUUCGAGGCGGGGGAACAAUGGACACUUCACACUAAGGGCUAAACUGAAUUUAUCUUUGUGUGUCUGUGCUCUAAACAGUGUCUGCUUCUCAUUUUCAUCUCUUGUAUCUGUCGGGAGGCAUGCUCGUGCUUAUUUUCACAGAUUCCUUCAUGUGUAGAGAGAAAAGAAACAUGCAGGGGAUUUCUGCAAAAGAAUCUUUGUGUAAAAAUUUAAUUUUGUUGAAUAUUGCUGUGGGGGAGGAAGCUUUCCAUAAAGAUGUCAUAUUUUUGGAUUUUUGUUUGUUUCUCUGCCGAUAAGAUGGACCUUCUGGCCACACUGGCUGGGUUUCUUUUUCAUAGUGAAGUUAUACUUUGAUAAAGACUGAAACCACUGAUUGAGUGAUGCUUCCUGCCAGCCAUUUGUAGUUUUAUAUGUUAUGUACUCAUGUGUUAACGGUUUGAUUUAAAAAAAAAAAAAAAGAAAAACCCGACCUCCCUAAAUAAGAAAGUGAGCACUCUUAUCAUGAUCUCUUCUUUUAAACAUGUAUUUAUUUUUUUAAUCUCUGUGAAUUUUAAUGUAUAUGCCUGAAAUUUCAAUUUUACAACUUUCUAGUGGAGUUGGAAAAAAAUAAAAACAAAAGCAAAACCGUUGUAAUCACAGGAACAAAAAAGAGCCGAUGCAAUCAUGGAGAAAAGACGGACCGCAUGAUGAUGUCAAAAGCCAGUUUUGGAGAUGUCAUACUGCUGACUUAUGAUGUCAUGGCGUGUAUGUAUCUAAUUGUACAUGCAUCUGUUUCAAAUUUACGUACCCGUGUGUUAGAAUCCCUGUCAUUUUUGUUAUCGGAAUGCUGACACUCGUUUUGACUAAAAUCGAUCACGAAGAUGAUACUUCGAUCCAAAAUACAAUUUGUUGUUCAUAUCAGCCUGUUUGUGCUUUUUUGGUCUUCCAUUUUUGUCCCUUUUAAUGUCACGUUUUUUUUUUUUUUAAGAGGGACAUUGAUCACUCCCACCCCUUCAAUUUGAGCUGUGUUCACCAAAGCAAGGACUUUUUAAACAUUUCAAAAUGUACAUUUUUAAAGACUUAUAUGGUGAUAAGUUAUAGCAGUUAUAGGGACCUGUAAUAGCUGAGUGCAUUGAUUUAUCGCAUGGUUCAUCAGUUUGUGUCGCUGAUGUUUGACAGAUUAGGUUUUUAAUGCAGCUUCUUCCUACGUGCUCAUUUUUACAGAAUUUUAAGGGCAUAGAAGUUUGAAAAAAAAGUUGCAGUUCUUGCAGGGGGAUCAAACCUAAUUUAAAAGUUUUUAAGCAACAACUGCUGUCACUGAAAAUAAUAUGUUGUGGCUUGCCUUAGUUGCUUUUAAAGAACCGAGGGUAAAAACCAAUGAGAAAAUGUUGAAAUAUGAAUUCAAUCUUUUGAUGUCUCACUCAUUUCUCCUCAUAAUUUCAGAGGUUGUUUACUGUUGUAUUCCAUGUUGAGUUAACGGUUCCCCUGAUGAAGCUGUGUGCCUGUAUUUAUGUGUGAGUGUGUUAACCACAUGGGUGGGGGGGAGGCAUGGGCAUAUUUGUAUUCUCAUAGCUACUCUGCAUACCUCAAACUGUAUGAUAAAUUAUUUAUAACACUCCCUUAUAUGUCUAUUUCCAAGAAUAUCCCAACAACGGUCUCACAGAUGUGCAACCCUUUUGUUAUUGGUGAUCAAUUCUUGCAUUUGUAGAAAUCAUACUGUUUAAAUAAUAAUAAAAAAUAUCCAACUGAA